AAGAGCGGUGCAAGAAACCGUAAGAAACUGCUUUUCCAGCCUCAUCUGUUUUCCACCAUAUAUAUAUAUAUAUAUAUAUAUAUAUAUAUAUAUAUAUAUAGUACACACACAGUAUAUAUAAAAGACAUACAUUCAGAGAUCCGAAUCAAUAUUGAAAGAGGGAACCAGAAAAUUCUUUGACUGUUCAGUUUUAUUUAAAACUGUGCAGAAUGGAAAAAAACAAGUAAUAAAAUUGACAGCACUGUAAACGGAGGCUUAACAAGUUCAAAAACUCCAAAACUUAUCUUAAUAGCGGAUCCGGGGCAAGUAUCAGGUGCAUACCGCCACCUACUGUACAAGAGUGUGCAGCACCCAUCUGAAGGCGUGCUGCUACAUCGUUGGUUUUUAUUGGUCAAUAUCUUGUUCACUUGCCUAAUCUUGCUUGUACUUGUGUUGCUGCCUCUAAUGCUCAAUUACAGUACAGUCGCACCGGUUUAUCGAUUGCGCCGGAGGCAUGAAAACAAAACUAUCAAUUCACAAUGAUAAAUCAAGAAAACAAACAAAAAUAACGUGUAACACAGGCGACAAUUUGAAAUGUAGUGAAGUAAAAAGUAUAGAUAUGUGCUAAAGAAUGUAGUAAAGUAAAAGUAAAAAGUACUACUUCAUAUUUGUUCUCAAGUAAAGUACAGAUACACAAAAAUGUACUUAAAUACAGCAACGAAGUACUUUUACCUCAUUACAUUCUACCACUGCCCAAAACCUAUAAUUAAAAACCAAUGUCGAUAUUAUCCAUUAUCAUUUUAAAAUGCUUUUAUUGGCUGAUAUUACAACUCUAAUUUUAGGAUGAGUUUCACAUCUGAAAACAGAUACACGCAUUAUCUACUCCAAGCUUGUUGCUUUCGUCAACCUCUGUUGAUGACAAUAUAGCGUAAAACAUGCAAAUACAAAGAAGUGACGUUAACCACGUUUGAGAUGGAUUGAUUUAUUGAGAUUCUGAUUUUUGAUUUUGUGUCCAGUGCCAGCUUGAGAACACAAUUUGUCGUGGCGCGUUUCCAGGCUGCAUCAUGACCACACAAGGACAAAACAAUUUUCACUUCCUUCUUUGUCAUUGUGACUUGGCACACUUUUUGAAGACAACGAGGCGCUCCAAAACAGACACGCCAGCAGACUGUCUGAGGAGAAAAUGCAUUUUCCAGGUGCAGGUAACCUGAUAACCACUGAUCCGAACAAUCAAUUUAACGCACAAUUGAGUACUACAUAGUUUCCAAUCUUUUCGACAAUUAUCUUUGAACAUGAACAAUGUAUUUAGGGGGAAAAGCCUCUUAUUUGAGGAUCUAAUGUCCAUUUUUUGAGGUUGUAACUUGUAAAGAUGUGUUUGCUCCUGUUUAACUGGAAUUCAUUCAAAUGGGCAACAGGAGACAAGGCAAUACAGGAGCUUGGUUAUCCCCAGCGAUGACUCAUCGCACCAAAAAACAAGUUGUCCAUUAGAGUAAAAAGGCAGAAUGAGGCAAAAUCUAUUUACUUUUUUUUUCUCCUCGAGUCCCUUGUUUGUUUUCAGGAACCGUCAAGAGGGACAGGGACUGUGCUAUAAAAACGUCUGCCGCACAGCGUCAAGGCCAGCCUGUCCCUUUCCCCAACUGGAACGGGAAGGGUGGGCAGCGGUGGGGGCUCUCCCACAUCCAAAGUGGCCCCAUGUGGCGGUGGCGUGCCUGUGGAGGACAUGCAAGCCCUGGCCAUCACCUCGCUUUCCGCUGCAGAUGUAGCCAAGCAAUUUGAGCAGAUUCGCGAGCUGGGGAAGGGCACAUAUGGAAAAGUGGACCUUGUGGCACACAGAAGCCAAGGCACUAAAAUGGCUCUGAAAUUUGUUACCAAAAACAAGACCAAGCUGAAGAGUUUCCUCCGGGAAUACAGCCUAACAGACUCGCUUAGCUCCAGCCCGUUCAUCAUCAAAGUCUUGGACGUGCUCUUUGAGACGGAGGACAGCUACGUGUUUGGACAAGAAUACGCUCCCGCCGGGGACCUUUUCGACAUCAUUCCCCCACAGGUGGGCCUCCCAGAAGAAAUGGUCAAACGGUGCAUGCAACAACUUGGUCUGGCCCUGGAUUUCAUGCACAGUAAAAACUUGGUGCACCGGGACGUCAAGCCAGAAAACGUGCUGUUGUUCGACCGCGAGUGCCGCCGUAUAAAGCUGGCCGACUUCGGAAUGACCCGUCGGGUCGGCUGUCGUGUAAAAAGGGUGAGCGGCACCAUCCCCUACACGGCUCCGGAGGUGUGCCGGGCCAGCCGCACCGAAGGUUUCCUUGUAACCACCAGUCUGGACGUGUGGGCUUUUGGAGUUCUAGUCUUCUGCAUGCUCACGGGUAAUUUCCCCUGGGAGGCUGCGUUGCUAACCGACGCCUUCUACGAGGAGUUUCGACGCUGGCAGAAAGCCGGCUGUCCCGUGGGAACGUAUCCGUCCCAGUGGCGCCGAUUCACCGACGACGCUCUGCGAAUGUUCCAAAGGCUCCUCGCAGCUGAGCCGGAGAAACGUUGCGGGGUCAAAGACGUCUUUUGCUUUGUCAAAUACGAGCUUGUGAGCGAGCUUAGGCGCAGAGCGUCCUACCGUGCCAAGCGAGGGGAACGGUCCAGCUCGGGGGUAUGCAGUGGAAACUGUGCUGCAUCUUCAUCCACAUCUUCUUCUUCUCGCACAGCCCACAGACACCCGGAGCCCUCCACGCCACCUGGGACCUCCUGCCUUCGCCCAGCUCCCCUAAAAAGGAGCGUCCUGUCUGACCCCAGAGAGGAGGUUGCUCAGCAUCAGCCUUCAGGACGGGACAAGAGCAAAAGCCAGAUGGUGAUGGCCACUGCCAUUGAGAUCUGUGUCUAACUAGGUAGAUAAGUCCAUCUUAGGCCGUUUAAGAGCAAAGUUCUGCUCAUACUGGAAAUAAACUUCAUCUAAAAGAAGCCAAGUUAAAGGCCUUUUAGUAGGAAUUGACAGCCUAAACUGGCUCAAGGUCUUACCAUCCCAAGAGAGGCCUGCUGUCCGGCUUGGAGGAGUCAACUGCCAACUAAAUUUCAUCUUCAGCUACUUCCUUUUCUUCCUCAUACACCUCCUGGGACCUACUGUCUUUACACGACUUCCCUCAAACGCACUGUUGGACAGGAAAAGUGUCCAGGACAAGACAAGAAUACAAGACAGAUUGCCACUACGAUUAAAAUCGGUGUGUCUGUUUUCUAUUUCACUUUAUCAGCCAUAGUUAGCGAGUUGGAGCUUUAUUCAAGCUGGACUGGACAAAACUUCCUGUUUGUAAUCGGGCAACUGUACCGCUACCGCAUCAGGGACUUGGUAGCACACUUGUGUUUACCAGUUGCCAUUUCAGUAAAUGUUCCUUCUCCAAACUGUGUAUCUAAAGGCAGUUUAAGGGAGAAGUUCAAUGCUUCAGUAAAAUCUUGCAGCAGCAUUAAGUCAGGACUUGGCAUUCACGGUCAGCAACGACUGAAAGAGCUUCCUUCCGUGACAAGAGAGGUAACCGGUCCAGCUUGGCAGUGUGCACUGGCAAUUGUAUUUCAUCUUCUUCUUCCUGCCACUUCCUAGGAACACAGAGCCUUCCACUUCUCUUGGAAUCUGCUGGCUUUGCUUCUCAAACAGAGCAUCCGUUCCAUCCCCGGAGAGGAGGCUGGACAUACCCAGUCUCUAGGACGGGAACAAGAACAAACGCCAGAUGGUGACGGCCAGCAUUAUUUAUGGCCAAAGAUGUACGAAAGAUCUUCUGCAGACUUUGUUCUUUGGCAGGACACGCCAGACAAGUGAUUUCUUUUCCCACUGUGGUGGAAGUGCUGAGACAAUACGUUGAAAUGACUUUUGCAACAUAGUUUUAAUGCAAAUUCAUCGUAACUACUAUAUUUGAAUGAUAAAUCCAUGGACACCAGAUUUGUGAAGAACUUCUUUUAUUGGAUUUCUCACAUCACUUCAGAGGCCACAGCAACAUUGUCCAGUGCAUUACUACACUUAAGAUCAUAAAAUCAACUACCAUGUAGCAGUUUUUACUGGACACGUUUUCUUGAUGCUCAGUGUUGCCAUCACCUCAGGACACUUAAGUGGAUCCCUUCCUGUUUUAUCAAUAAUCCAUUCCCGUAAAUCAAUUUUCCGCAGCUGCUGGACUGAUGAACUCCAUUUACUAGAACAUUUUAUGAGAGCACAGGUGCGAACAAUAACAAGCAGAACACGCGUUCUAAUUUUUUUCUCCCCUUUUUCUACUUGUGAGUGACUGUUUGGAUGUGUAUGUGUGAAUUUCCAGCACUAAAGCACAAUGUUUCUAAAGGACGAGUAAUCUUGCUCUAUAUUGUGGAUACAUUUGGUAUUAGAAAAUAAAAUGCUGUGUAAUAUCAGGUAGUUUAACUAUGUAGCUGUACUAAUUUUAUAAAUCAGGGGAUUUAGCCACUGUCAGGUCAAUGCAUUGUAUGUAGCAACUGAAUAGGACGGAAUGUACAGUACGGUGUAUCAUAAGCGAUACUGUUAGAUAGUCCAAUUUGAGCCUAUGAUAAAGUUUAACAUGGUAGCUGCUUCUUUUUCUUCAACUGUAAUGAACAGGCUCACGUAGGGAGUGGCCGUUAGCAUUGGUUUGUGGAAAAAAUAAGAAUUGACCAAAUUUGUACAUCUACUGUAAGCCCAACGCUAGCAUUAUGUACAUUGAGGAAAAUAAGUAUUUGAACAUCUUGCGAUUUUGCAAGUUCUCCCACUUGGAAAUAAUGGGCGAGUUUGAAAUUUUUAUGGUAGGUGCUUGUCUACUGUGACAAACAAUCUAAAGAAAAACAAAUCCCAAAAUCACAGUGUACGAUUUUUUAACAAUUUAUUUGUAUUAUAGUGCUGCAAAUAAGUAUAUAAACACCUCAGAAAAUCAUAUAUUUCCUGAAAAUCACAUAUUUCCUGGAAGCUGCAACCAGGAGUGCUUGUGCAUAAGAGUGGUGAUCCUGGAAGUGGCGACAGUUUUGUCUAGAGAUGUCCCGAUCCGAUAUUUGAAUCGGAUCGAACGCCGAUAUGGGCAAAAAAAUGUGCAUCGGUAUUGGAUCGGCCGACAUGGAAAAAUUCCGAUUCAGACUUCCGAUCCAGUUUUUUUUUUUAAAAGUCCGGUCCGGAUUUUCCAGCGCAUCGACUUACAUAAUCCAUUCCAGUUUUUGCUUCAGUUUCCACAAAAUCCGGUCUGCAUUUUACGUCACACCUUUAACAAACUACAUUACCGUCUCCCAAUUUAUCGAGAGAUUUUAUCGGUAAAAAUGUCAGCUGUGUGGGAUCAUUUCACCUUAAAGGACAACAAAGACAAAGAGGCAGAGUGCAACAUAUGCCACAAUAAAGUUAAGCGUGGUGGUAAAGCUGUAAGAAGUUUUAAUACAACCAACCUAAUCAAGCAUUUAACGAAAUACCACCACAAACAAUAUAAGGAGUAUGUUAAAAAAAACGAAGACAAAAAGAAAGGUCCUACGCAACUAACACUGGCAGAAACUUUUGCUAUGCGUGACAAACUGGCACUCGACAGUCCCAAAGCCUAGGGAAUAACAAGUGUCAUUGCCGAAGAAUUCAUUCUGGAUGACGAGCCAUUAUCUCUCGUGAGUAAAGACGCACCAUCCAACACUUAGAACCACGGUACAACAUGCCCAGCCGUCAUUACAUCCUUGAGCGAUCCGGCCGUGGAAGAUUCGAGAACGAUUCACAAACAUCCAAAUUCCAAUUUUUGAAAUAUGUCAAGUAAAGCGGAACUAAUACACAGCGCGGUCUUCGGGACGCAAUGAGAAACGGACCGCAUUGCGUCCCGAGAGUAAACAUCAUGCUUGUCAUAGACCCGGGUAAUGCCAAUGCUCAACUCACGGCUUUAGCUCAACUCAUGCCGCUGGAUAAAAAACACAAGAAUACCUGACUACUGCUGACAGCCGCUACAAACAACGUCAACGUUGUUUUACUGGAGAUAAUAGAUAUCAUACGUAUAUAGAACUAGAUGCAAAACGACAGACUCGACUGCGUUAGCAACAUUGAAGUAUUGAAAACUAGAUGUGUUAGUAAACAGCCACCAUCUUAAAGCAGAAGACUUCCCUGGUAGGCUGUUGUGAACCUUCCAAGCGAACCUAAUUAACUUUUUAUCUAAAAUACUCCUAAAUCAGCAAAAUCUUGACUUGAUUCUAUCUUCAAAACAGUUUUAAAACUUUCACAUGUCGGAAGUAGACAGAAGGGAAAUUAUGGAAUAACGGGAGCAAUUUUAACUACUUCAACAGUUGGUUCGCAAAAUUAAAUGAAUUGAAUGUAGUUUAAAGCUGCUGAUUCAGAAUGGGGACUUGAGUAUUUUAUUUACUGUUUUAAAAUGUUAACUUGAUACUGAAAUAGUCGUUUAUUUAAACCUGAUAGGCUUUUUAUACAAUUAUUGUAACUAAUGCACGAAACAUUAAAAGCAUCUAAUAGCUUGGGGGGUUUGUGGGAUUUUCCAUUGAGGUUGUUUGUGUGUUUUGGUUUUUUAAGACAGUUUACAAUAUUAUUUGCAUGUUUUACUGACUGACUAUGCCAUUUCUGUUUGUUUGUUUUUUUUUUUUUAUAAUGUUUUGUGUUUGUCACUGAAUAAACAGGUCAGUUCCUUGUUACCAACCGUUGUGUUAUUCAAACUCACCUAAUUCAGCUGGCUAGUUGUUAUCAAGCGUACUAAAACCUUUUUCAAAAUGAGUCUGACAACUAAGUAAGGAGGCUAAAUAACUUUAAACUUUAAUACAUGCUCAGAUAGGCCGGUAUCGGCCAGUAUCGGUAUCGGAUCGGAAGUGCAAAAACCUGGAUCGGGACAUCCCUAGUUUUGACAGGCAGAAAUGUCAUGGAAAAAAACUGAUCGCGCGCCUCUUUAAAUGGUGUGGUGUGGUGUUAUACUUAUAUAGGGUACCACGCAGGUCACUUUUCGGUCAAUUUUCCUCCAAGCAUUUUUCUAUACUCAUUUUCGGUCGGCAUUGAGUUGGGAGGAGCCAGCCACGCAACUGGCUGAUCGGAGACAACGCAGAAGACGAGCGCUGUGAAAAAUGCUCAUCUCCGCGUCAUCCGCGAUGGGACGACCACAAAUGAGCACUGAAUUGAGGCAUAUUAUUGCGACAUAGUUUGAAGGUUUAAGAAAAAUGUGUGGAAAAGAAAAGAGGAGCAGGAAUGCCACGUCGUGAUCGUCCGCCUCCAUUGCUUAAGAUGCCGUCAUGCUGCACUAAAAAUGGCGACGGCAUGACAUCACUUCCUUAGUACCCGAUUGUCGUACGGAGACAACAGUCCAUAUUAAGCGGCGGGUCAUAUUACCCGCCCACAUUAUCUAACAACUAAUCAGUAUAAUAGGCCUACUAGUAUAGCCAACAUGCCGUAUAGUCCAACUAAUUACACGUUUAAGGCCAUUAUCUGUCCUAGCGUAGAUGUAGCCUGAAAGAAUGACGUUAUUCCCAAAAAUCUCACAAUAUAUGGCCCUGGUCAUCCUCUCCUUAAUACAGUGCAGUCGUUUAGUCCCAUGUGAAGAAAAACACCCCCAAAGCAUGAUGCUACCACCCCAAUGAUUCACAGUCGGGAUGGUGUUCUUUGGAUGGUACUCAUCAUUCUUCUUCCUCCAAGCACUAUAGACCCUACCCACGUGACGUCACAACUCCGCUCUCCUGAAUGGUACCGCCCAAUUGUCCGUCAAAACAUAGUGUUAACCUGUUACGGCUACGUCCAUUCCUCCUAUUUACGGCGUGUUUUUCUGCUCCUUAACAUUAAUAAUCAAAAUGGUGAAGGCGUGUGUGGCUGUUGGUUGCACUAACAGAGAAGAUGGAAGGAGAGACUUGAAGUUUUACCGUAUUCCGAGGGAUCCAAACAGGAGAGCGAAAUGGACGGCUGCAAUUCGACGUGAAAACUGGGCACCAAAAAAUCACCACAAACUAUGUAGUAGUCAUUUUAUAUCCGGUAAGAUGCAUUUAAGAUAUACUUAGAGGGUUUUGGGCUGACAAAUAACCACAAUUAAGAUCAUUGCUAGGCUAAUCGCCGACAACAUACACGUAUGUAUGUAGUGAGAGUGCUAUCGCUAAACCAUAUAAACAUUAAAAGCCUUAACUCCAUUGACAAACGACAUGAAAUACAUUAGACUUGACAGUGGAUGUUAGCAAUAACAAAAGAUUUUGAAUUGAAAAUUUCGUAACUCACCUUUCCAAGCACAAGAUAGAUUCCUGCCGAAUUUUCGUGGACGAGGACCUGUUUCACCCAACCAGCAACGAAGUAUUUAUAAGCCUCCAAGCUCUUGAAGUUUUUCAAAUUUUCGUGAGAAUAGGCUGAUUUUGUGUGGACAAGAUAAUAUCAGCGUAGCAGAUGUCAGGCAGACAGGGCGAAGACAGUGGGUCGAAAAACAUCGAUUUGGGCAUCAAAUAUGGAUCUGGCGACUGUAUAGAACGAAGCUUUUCCACAUAACGCCUUUUAUGCAACACAUCCAGUGAGUUUACGGCAUCAGAAAGCACCGGGUCUUCCAUGAAAUGCAUUUUAAAUUCCUCGAUCAAUUGAAACCAAUGCUAAUACAGAGACAAAAUGUCGGACAAGUGGGCGGAACCAUACAGCGAGCACGUGGUUUUGUGACGUCGGUGGGUAGGGUCUAUAAGUGGAUUUAAGACAAAAAAGUUCCAUUUUAAUCUCAUAUGUCCACAUAACUGUCUCCCAUGACUCCACUGGAUCAUCAAAAUGGUCACUGGCAAACUUAAAACAGGCCAGGACAUAUGCUGGUUUAAGCAGGGGAAUCUUCCUUUCCAUGCAUGAUUUGAAACCAUGACGUCUUAGUGUAUUACCAACAUUAACCUGCGAAAUAGUGGUCCCGGAUCCUUUCUGGUCUAUUAACCUGCCCCUCCUAUGUAGUUCUUGGAUGAUUCCUCACCAUUCUUAGGAUCAUUAAGACCCUACGAGGUAGAGCUUGCAUGGAGCCCCAGUCCGAGGGAGAUUGACAGUCAUGUUUAGCUUCUUCCAUUUUCUAAUAAUUGCUCCAACGGUGGAUCUUAUAUCGUCAAGUUGCUUGGCAAUUUCCCCGUAACCCUUUCCAGCCUUGUAGAAGUCUAAAAUUCUGUCUUUGGAACAGCUCUUUUGUCUUGACCAUGUUAGUAAGAGUCUUUCUGAUUGUAUGGGGUGGGCAUUUGUUUAUAUGCAGCUAACCGCCUCAAACUGGUCAAAAAGUUUCCCUCCACUCCACUUAUUCGUUGGACUUUUUAAAGGUGACUAACAGGUCUUUGAGGCUCACAAUUCUAGCUCUAAGACAGGUGUUCAUAUACUUAUUUUCAGCAGUAUAAUUCAAAUAAAUUGUUAAAAAAAAUCAUACACUGUGAUUUCUGGAUUUUUAUUUUUAGAUAGUCUCUCGCAGUAGACAAGCAUCUACCAUGAAAAUUUCAAACCCGCCCAUCAUUUCUAAGUGAGAGAACUUGCAAAAUCGCAGGUGUUCAAAUACUUAUUUUCCUUACUGUACGUUGAGACUUUGAUCUCAAUCCUACAAUUUCCUUAGGUGCUCUGUUCCUGCCUUCCACUCUGAUCAGAUUCCAGGUUUGUUUUUUUAUCUGGAGAAGCGCCCUCUGUGUUAGUUACUGUUGUUCCACGAGCUGACUGAUUGAUUAGAUCCUUGGCUUCAGCCUCCAAACAGUUGCGGCUAAUUACAAGAAAGCAGCGUGUGAAUGAUUCAGCGUGCGCUUGUGACCACCCUCGUCCUUGUUUUUAUCCGAGCGUAGACUCGCUCAUGUUUGUGUCGGCGUUGUUUUCAUCACUCCCCCUGCUCCGCCCCCCCCCCCCAAGUUUUCGCGCUGACAGUCCAUCACUUCUGUUGCUAUAGCGACCGUGCCGCACGGCUACUGUCGUUAAGCUUCUGUCCUCCUCGAGUCUAAUUGAGCCCAAAUCAAACAACUUUACAGUCGACCUCGGAGCAAUUGCCCGGUUUAUUUUAAUGGACGGGACUGGCACAGCUAAAAGGUUUCAAGUCUCAUUACAAUUUAAAACAUUUAUUACAAAAGCAAUUGAUGAGAUACAGCGUUUCUCGCUUUCAUGAGCACGGCGCCGAUACGUGAGGCAUUUAAUACACAACAAAUCUGAACAUGUCUCAUCAUUUGCUUGUUGUAAUGUUGUAAAAGACCUUCUGUGCCUCAAGUAGAACCUGCACUCAUUUGGGGAUUAUUGUAGGAUUCUACGCAAACUAGAAAAAGUGAUAAGCUUCCACUUCCCAGAAGGCUGUUUCCCCAGAUUCUUUGAAAAUAAGGUACGUGAAAAUCACCACCAAAACAAAAAUGUAACAACAACAAUGCUGGUAUAAUGGUGGUUAUUGAAGAUAAUAGUACAUUAUGUUUUUGUUUUUUUUUUGUCUAAAACUGUUUCGCGGCACACCUGAUGAUCUCUCAAGGCACAAUAUGGUCGGGAAUCAUUGCAAUAAGCAAUUUUGCCACCAAGACUUGUUGUAGAAUCUUGUAAAUACUCUGUGUCUUUAAUCAGAAUAUGAAAGAUGUUA